CGCUGGUUAGUAGAGAUGUCGGACGUUGGGUCAACUUCCGGUCCCGACAUGCUCAGAGCAGAAAUGAAACAAUCAUCUCUGCAGGAGAAACUCAGAGAGGGAGAGUCUCUGCAGGCCGGCCCCGCCUCCUCCACCACCUCCUCCUCCUCCUCCUGCUGCUGCUGCUGCUGCCCGCACAGGACGGGGAGGGUAGAAGUGAAGGAGUCAGCCCUCUGCCAUUGUUCUUGCUUUGGAGGUCUGGGAACGGGACGGGACGGCGCUGGUCGGGUACCGGACUGCGGGUCUGUCGUUAUGACGGGCUCCGGUCCGAAGCUCGGCGUGCUCCUGCUGCUGGCGGUUCUGCUGCAGACUGUGGUCGUCACCAUCACCGUGCUGCACUUCACCACGGCUCUCAACUCGAUGAAGGAGACGUUUGCCAGGAGCAGUGUUUCGUGUCUGACGGGCGCCGACCUGCAGAGCAUCACGGCUGUCCGAGGGGAUCCGUGCUGGCAGGUCACCCAGCAGCUUCACCUGCUCAUAGAAAAGUCUCUGUCACAGCGUUACCAGAGGCAGAUUUCAACAGCAGUAAGAGAUGAGGUGUCCAGAGUGCUGCCCUCUCUUGUGAUGGUGGACAGGGCUUCACCUCGCCCCAAAGUUGCAGCCCAUGUCACCGGCAGCUUUGUGCCCAAACUGGAGCACGAGGGAGGAGCUCCGGUCUCUGCUGGACGUCGGGUUCAGGGACAGAAGAUUUCGUGGUGGGAGGGACAGAAGGGGCUCGCCUUCCUGCAGGAUGUCCAGCUGGUGGACGGGGAGCUGGUGGUGCCGCAGCCUGGUCUCUACUACGUCUACGCCCAGACGUACUUCAGACACACCCACUCCCUGGAGGAGGAGGGCGAGGAGGGCGAGGAGGCGGAGGACAGGGGGAAGCCUCUGCUGCAGUACGUCUAUAAAAAGGUGAGCUCCUACCCGGUCCCCAUCCUGCUGAUGAAGACUAGCCGAACCUCCUGCUGGUCCCGGGGCUCCCAGUUUUCCCUGCACUCCGCCCACCAGGGGGGGCUGUUCCCGUUGAACAGCGGCGACCGCCUGUUCGUCACUGUGACCAACGCCUCUGCAGUGGACAUGGACGAGAAAAGCAGCUUCUUUGGGGCGUUUCUCAUCAGCUAGACGUUAAGAGACUCGACCACUGGAUCUAUGAACCCCUCACUUGUGAUGGAUGAUCUGUCCGGUGACGCAUCGAGACUCCUCCUGUGAAUGAACCCCAAAAAAAGUGAAAAACUGUGACUCAUUUGGAAGUCGGACUUCCUUCUCUUGCAGGAUCACAAACCACAAGAAUCAGAAACACUGGUUUCAUCGGUAGAGUCGAGCUCCAAGUAAAUGUUUCAGGGUUUAAAAGUUCAAUCACAGUUUGGAUUUAGAGACUUAAAUUUAAAGUCACAAGAAAAAGUAUUUUUAAAGUAAACAAAGAAGGACCCAAAAGCCAAUCUACGCCAGGAACGCGCAAGAUUAACAGUUCCUUCUGCAAGUUUUGAAACAUUAGACGAUGUUACACUAGCCACCAACCAUUGAGACCACAAACUCUUAAGGAGAAUGUUUCCUGGGAUAAAGAAACCCAGGAGAAGUAAAGUCCUACUCACACAGACCUCUUCUGAAACAAGCGUAGUCGCCCCCUGCUGGCUGUAAUCGAGAAUGCAGGUUUAAGGCACUCUAAAUUGGCUUCCUUUCCAGACCCUGACUUUACUUUAAGUCUGCAAAACCGUUGUUGCUCGUUGUUUCGUUUUCUUACGCUGAUGAUUCGUGUUCAAGCAAAGGUGUAAAUAUUUGAUGACGCUUUGUAUUUUUGAUUUUUUGAUAAGCUUCAAAUUCGUGGUGUGGAUUUUCUAAGACCUCUGUUCUACUCUUAAAUUAUCCAUGUUUUCUUAAAAGUUAAUGUUUUAGUCAUUUUUUCUAGGGAUGUCCCGAUCCGAUUUUUUAAUAUUGAAUAUUUUCCGAUACCGAGUCCCGAUCCAAUGCUUGUGUUUGCCUAGAUCAUAGUUGCACAAGAGAUAAGAGAGUUGAGCUGCACACUGUUUUUUUUCCUUUAACAAAAAGAAGUAAUUUAAAAAAUACCUAAAAUGUGUCUUAUGUAAAUUCGAUUUAACUUAAUCCAGCUAGCAUUGUUGUAAAACUCUGUUUUAAAGCUCUGCUGUAUGAGACCAAGAAACUAGUGUGCAUGCAUUACAGCACGCUUAAAUCCGAGGCUGCUCUGAACGAUGAAUAAUGGACGUAGUAUCCGUGACGUCACCCAUCUGUUUCUGAAUCACUGUUUUGAGGCCAAUCGGCGGCGGCGGCCAUAUUGCUGCUGUGGAGCGAUUGUGACGUAAAGAGGCGGGCUUUGAGCCUCCUCGCCAACAGCUACAGUGUUCCCGCCUGUCAAUCAAGUCAGCUGUGCCUCUCAUUGGAAGACUUGUAAUCUCAAUAUCUUUGAAAUUACGGCGUUAUGAAAAAAUUCACCCCCCUCAGUGUGUGCCGAUCAAGAAAUGAGCUAUCCAGACUACACUUGUUUUUUGAACCAGGCUGUAAACAUGUUUAUUUCUGCUGUAAAGAUCGGCUUCUUUGAAUUGGUGUGUAUGUGGUUUCCUGUACUUCUGGAGCCAGCCUCUAGUGGACGCUUGAGGAACUGCAGUUUUUAGCACUUUCGCAUUGAACUCAUAUUUUUAGACCAGAGGUUGCCGCUUGGUUCUACAUCAGUGUCCCAUUUAUGAGUUUCUCAUUAUGUAAACACAGUUAAGCAAACUCAGAACUCUCGAUUACACUUGUUUAUUAGCCUUUAGCUGCAAAUUGUAUUAUCGGAUUAAAAAUCGCCAAGAUCGGCUCGAAUCCGACAGUUGAGAUCAGGAUCAGGACAUCCCAAGUUUUUUCCUUUUAUUUGAUAGGACAGCUGAAGAGAGACAGGGAACGUGUGGAGCAGAGGGCAGGGGAAGACAUUAAACUUGCUCUUAAACUACUAGCCCAACGGCACCCCAAAUUAUCCAUGGUUUAAAAGCCGGAUCACACUGAACCUGCCCCCGUUUGAACCCUUUUGAUAGUCCGAAUCGGUGUGGCCUUUGUUGUAACUCCACCACCUCUGUCUCCGUGAAUUUUACAGAACAUUUCCAAACCCUGCUCCGAGGUUAUCAGGCUCUGUGCUGUUUGAGUUGGCAGCCUCUCCUUCAAGCUGUCUCUCCUCCAGCGCGUCCAUCAUAGCUGUUUUCCAAACGCUGCAUUAAAGCCUCCCUGAAGGCUGCAGCCUUGGGGCGUUCAUGUCAUGUUGGAUUAACUGCUGGUUUGAUUUUUAAGAAACAUCUUGAAUAUGUUUAAUAAUUACAUUCAAGCAAAUUUGGAUGAUUGAGCGUAAAAGGGUUUUUCCUUGAUUUAGGGGAGAUCGUUAACGAGGCCGCAGCUCAGGCCUUUAAAAGCUGGUGGCGUCAUACAAGAGCUAGAUCUACACCACGUCAUGAAAGAAGCACUCACUGCAGAACAUUUGUAAAUAACUCAACACUGAUUUUCUCCUGUUCUCUUAGUUUUCACCUGAAUGAAAGGAUGUUAAGUUUUACUCCAUGACCAAACAACAUGUAGACUCGCUGAUAAAAGAAGCUUUGUUGACUUAUUGUGAGGCGGAUGUUAACAGAAACCUGAGACUAUAAUUAAAUCAAAAACAGUACCUUAUGUUCGGCCUCCUUUUGGACUAAGUGGAAACAUCCCUGUGCAGCCGGCCUUCGGACUGAGAACACCUGAAAGGCUUCACAGAGAGUUCAACAUGUUGGUCAAUUUGGAUUGUUUUGCCUGAUACACAGAAACUGAAUGUGAAUGUAAAUAAUCAGGUUGGUUUGUCUGUAAAUAUGUGAAAUAAAGACGAGUCAUAAUCCAGA